CCUGGAAACAGUCUUCCGCUUAGUGGGGUUGGUGUUUUGAUAUUUCUCUAACCAAUGUCAGGAGAUAGUGAUGGCACCGUUAGAAGUCCCUCUGAGGGAUCUCUGUCAGGAAUUGAGAUCCUGCCAGUCCAGAAAACAUACGUGUGUACGCUGUCUGCUGAGCUUAUUGCCAAAGCACGUGAAGAGCUGCAGGAAAAACCUGAGUGGCGGCUUCGAGAUGUUCAGGCCCUCAGAGACAUGGUGUGCAAAGAUUAUCCUAAUCUGGGGACUUGCCUAGAUGACGCUUUCUUGCUUAGGUUCCUUAGAGCAAGGAAAUUUGAUUACGAUCGGGCACUUCAACUUCUCGUGAACUAUCAUUGCUGUAGGAGAAGUUGGCCUGAGGUUUUUACAAAUCUGAAGCCAUCUGCUGUAAAGGCUGUCUUGGAAUCUGGCUUUGUCACUGUGCUUUCUCAUUUAGAUAAUGAAGGACGCCAUGUUGUCUGUAUUCGCCCAGAUAGAUGGACACCAAGUAAUUACCCAGUUACUGAAAACAUUCGUGCCAUAUACUUAACAUUAGAAAAACUCGUUCAGUCUGAGGAGACCCAGGUAAAUGGAAUCGUAAUUCUUGCAGACUACAAUGGAAUCAGUUUAUCUAAGGCAUCUCAGUUUGGCCCCUUUAUAGCGAAAAAAGUGAUUGGAAUUCUUCAGGAUGGCUUUCCGAUUAGAAUAAAAGCUGUCAAUAUCAUAAAUGAACCUCGCAUAUUCAAGGGCAUUUUUGCUAUUCUCAAACCAUUUCUGAAGGAAAAAAUAGCAAAUCGGUUUUUUCUUCAUGGGUCCGACUUGAGGUCUCUUCAUCACAACCUUCCACCACGAAUUCUCCCUGAAGAAUAUGGUGGCACAGCAGGAAAGCUUGAUAUCUCUACCUGGAAUGAGCUACUGCUGGCGUCAGAAGAUGACUUCAUGUAUGAUGUCUCACAGCUGCCUCUCUCCAGUGACUGUUCACCACAUGAUCCAUUAAUGAGUGAAGAGAUUGACGAGAAGCAGCAUGAUGACUCUUUGCGAAGCUUCAAAACACAACUCUAUUCCUGCUAUUAGUAUAGCAGAUAAAGCUUCCAAAAUGUCACCUUGCUGUUUACAAAGGGAAAUUAAUUCUCUCAUGCUUCUACAACAUAUGAGUGUUGAUGGAUGUUACUUUACUUUGGAACCAAAGCAAAUCUUAAGUAGAAGAAAGUUGUACGAAAGUGAGAUUCUGUGGCACAGUGGCAAAUGGAAAAAAUUUUGAGCAAGCUGGAAGUUAUUGUGGUAACUGACCCAAAGCAACUCAGAUGCCACAAAUGAACACAGCUAAAGAAAAGUUACUGAUAACAAGGUCCUAAGCACAAUUACUUGGAAGGAAGUUGCACUAAAAUUUGUGGGACUUGCUGCCAAAUAAGCAGGUUUAGGUGCAAAGCACUAGAUUCUUUCUCAGGCUGAAGGGGGCAAAAAUGAUGUACAAAUUUGGAAGUGCAGUAAUAUAGUGCUAACUCUGCAGAGGAAGAAAGAAAUGUGAACUAUAUGAUACAAGGAUAGUUGACUAGAAGUUUUAUCUGCCAUAAACUAAUCUAAAAGAUAGCCAGUUCUUAUUUUGUUGCCAUCUAUAAACUUCAGCAUUAUUUACAAAACUGCAGCUUUGUAUACUACAGGGAGUGUUAACACUUUGAAAUUGAUUCUUGCAGAAACAGUUAGCUAUUGAUGUUCUGUUGAAAGCACAUACACAUUUUUUUCCCUUUUAUAAAGAAAGCAUCAAACAAUCCGUGAGCCAAUUUUAUUCCCGUACUUGAAUUUGCAUAAGACAGGACCAAUUGAGAAGGCACAUAAUUUUGUAUACCGGUAUAGCACUGUUAGUUGGUACCUGCCUCAUGAAAAGAGGUUGAGGAAAACCACAGACAUGAUAACUGUAAAGGUUUGUCUGAUAAAAAAAAAGAUAAUUUGUUUAGAUAUCCUUAUAGAGAAGUUUUGAAAUAUUCUCUGCAAACCAAACACAGGACAUUUUACAAGCACAAUAUUUCAUUUCUAAAUGGUAGUUUCUCCUCAUUCACUAUGUUAUUUUGUCAGUGGAACCUCAGUGCUAUUUUGAUCUUGGCUUCAUUUCCUAAGGCCAGUGGUCUCACCUCUAGGAUAAAAUAUACUAUAUAGGAAAGUAUCUAAAACCCUGAUGUAAUGUUAGAUCAUCUCUGGUGGUGGGUCAUCUUUCAGAAGAUAGGUUUUGUCUUUGAAUUACACAUUUAACUAGAGUUGCAGGUACUUUGGGCCCAUUCUUCGCAUGCAAGGCUGAAACUAACAGACUGGAACUUUGUACUUACUGCUGCUCAUAAGGAAGCAGCUCAUAGCACUUUUUAAAUUGUUGGAACUAUGACGGAGGCUCUUGCCUAGUGCCAAGUAAGACCAGAACGUUGGUGCUUACUGUAAAUAUUACGUUCUCUGUAGAUCUUGUUAUUGCCAGUGCCAAAACGUAUUUAUUUUUAGUUUUUCUAAAUUAGUGACUUGCUUCUCUAUUGCCAAAAAGUGAAGCAGUUUAGUCAUGUGACUGUGCUUCAAUUAGAGUUCUAAAUAUACAAACCCAGUGUGGUAUUAUAGCUAUCUAAGCAUAUGUGAAACUGGUUUCUACGCUGCUACCCAUCUCUCUUGUCUUGCUAAAUUUAUAUACACAUUAGUGUUUUUUUCCCCCUACAGACACAUAGGGAAAGAAGUUUAAAGAUAUAGAAGGCACAAGAUAUAAUUUUUCUGCUUAUGUAUUCUUGUAGGAAAGUGCUGGUCAAAUUUAGAUAUGAGAAGUAUAUGUUAAAAUGAUAAUGGAUGUUCUUUUCCUUAUUGGAAGUAAUCUUUAUGCAGCUUGGCAGCUGAAAUUGAAACAUAUUUAUAAAGGAACUAAUCUGAAUUACAAAAUGUUUUAGAAAUCAGUGUAACAUGUCAGGAAAAAGUUUUUUCUUUAGAAAAGUGUGGAAGCUUAUAAUUUCUAUUCUAAAGUACACUUUACCCAGUCUAUUUUUCCCCCUUAAAUGAGAAGCCAGUCUCAAAUGACAAUGAAUGAUGAUGAUAUAAAAAGUUAAAAUGCAAUGGUUCUUUUUUCCCUACAGUAUUUUAAUUUUUUUGUAACUAUCUUAAGAGCUCUUAUUUAAAUAAUAACUGAAUAUCAAUUCAAUGUUUGCCUCCCUUGUACUAAACAUUUUAUUGGUAAACCACAUCUCUUUGCCCAGAUAUAUUGGAAUACUAGGUUUUGUAAAUUUGUGGCUAUUAUUUAACUCUAAGAUGCGUAGCCUAAAUUGCCCUCCAUGCUUUUGUUAUCUUGUUCAUCUGUAGAAUUGGUUUUAGAAAAAGUGCUGACAGAACUAAGACAUUGAUGUUGUGCCUAUAGUUAAGCAUAUAUGGUUUAAAAGUAAAGUAAGUAGUUAAUAUGCAUAUUGUCUGGCAACUUGGUUGUAGGGAUCUUUUUGUUAAUAUCAGUUCUUCUAUAAACAAAAUCCAAGCAGAUGUGGUGCAAGAAUAACAAGCCUUAAGUAAAAGACAUUGGGAAUUCAUUAGAAAUGUCAAAUUGCCUUUGUUAAUCUGUAUCUGAAGUAGAAAAAUGGUAAUAAUUUUUCCAGAGGAUAAUUGAGGUGCUUUGUUUUCUAUGGCUAAGUUUUGCAGUUUUGUUCAUGGGUCUGUUUUAUUCUCUCUCUGUACAGAAUUAAGAGUAUAUACCUUGAGAAUUUAUUUUUAUACUGCACUUUAUAAAAUGAACAGUCUGUCUGCAUGAGUGGAUAUUAAACCUUAUUAAUAU